UGCUGUUUGGUUACCACGUUGAGGAGGUUGUUAAUGAUUUCGUGUUAACUAUUCGAUUGCCACGAUUGUUAUAAAUCUGAAUACUUAUGGGAGAAGGAAGUUGUCGAAUAACAUCAGUAAAAAGUCUCGACACGGACGAGGAAUCAGAUUAUGCAAUGUUAAAACGAAUAAAAAUGGAACCGGAGGCGAUGUUGUCGCAAGAAGACGAUAUUAUGGCCCAACUGCAGCAGGAGAGUUCUGACUUGGAAGUAGAGCCCAGUUUUGCAUUAGAGGGUGCUACAAAUGGAGACGAUUACAACGACGGUGUUUUAAUGCAACACAUGGAUAUCAGGGAGCCUUUAUCAACUCUAAGAAAUCUCUUAGAACAGAGGCUCGGCGUUGAGCUGAUGGAUUAUUCAUUUUGGCUACAAGAUGCCCAAAUGUUAGAGAGUCACAAAAACUUGGUCGAUCAGUGUGUGCAAGGCGAAGGCUUGGUGCAAGUAAACGUCCAAAUAAAAGCAACACAACGUCGUAUAAAUAUUGUGGAUGUUUUAAAACCAGCAGAAGAUUAUGUGGAACUUGCUGAAAAUAGCUCGGAACAUAAUUCGGCUGCUGCCACGCCGAAUGAAGAAGGAAAGCAAAAUGUGAUUAGAUGGAUGGUCGAUGCACAAUAUAAAAAGGAACAGGAGCGACUGAAAAUUCCAGCAGAUCCAAAAGAAUGGACCCAAACACACGUGAAGCAUUGGCUUCAGUGGGCUGUUAGACAAUUUAAUUUGGUUUCUUUGAGAUUAGCUGAUUGGAAUAUCACUGGCUCGCAGUUGUACAAUUUAACUUUGGAUGAGUUCCAAGCAAAAGUACCUCUCGAUCCUGGUGAUGUAUUCUGGACACAUUUAGAAUUACUAAGGAAGUGCAAAUUUGUUGCUGUGGUACAAAAGGAUCCUCCAGCGGUUGCCAACGAAAAUUCAGACAGAACCAUGAAGGUGCGAAGUCAGAAGAGUGCAAAAGUACGCAGCGCAACUUCCCAGCAAUCUCGAUUGAUCAGUGUGCCGUUAACAAAUGUCGAUUCAACGCCUAUUAUGGUAGCUACUUCCAGUAGAGGAGUAAAUAGCGGUCAGAUUCAAUUAUGGCAAUUUCUCCUGGAAUUAUUGACUGAUCGAGAACAAAGAGGUGCUAUUCAGUGGGUGGGGACCGAAGGAGAGUUCAAGCUGAACCAGCCCGAAGCUGUAGCUCAGUUGUGGGGAGCUCGCAAGAAUAAACCAUCCAUGAAUUAUGAGAAGCUUAGUAGAGCUUUACGCUACUAUUACGACGGUGACAUGAUCUCGAAGGUUCAUGGAAAAAGAUUUGUUUAUAAAUUCGUUUGUGACCUAAAGCAGCUGUUGGGCUAUUCGGCAGCAGAGCUGAGUCGUCUAGUGGAAGAUGGACGACGGUACUUCUGAUUAAGUUCUCUACCUGCUUCUGUACAUGAUGUACAGUAUUUUCUAUUAUCGAACCUACUAUUCAGUGACAUUCGCUGCAAAGAGUGUAUAUUUCUACGAUCACCAGAAAAAUUCACCGUAUCGGUGAUUUUGAAAGUUCAGAAACGCGAUCGAUGAUUACAGAAUUAGUGCUCUAAAACGAAAUAGCUCCAAACAGUGAUACGUAUAUAUUUUUUAUAACUUUGGCAUCAAUUAAGUAGUUUUUAUUAAUUCGAUAAAUUACUUUCGCGAUGUCUUCAUAUUCAACAUAUUUUAUGUCAAUGAAAUAUUGCCGAAAUUUCUAAACUAUCAUUGACAUCGACUAUUAGGGUAAUUAAACAGAAUGUAAUUUACCCUUUUAUGCAAGUUUCCAAAUAGUAAUGUAAAAUUUGAAGGAAAGUACGAAUUCGAUAAAAUAAUACAAAUCGUGUUUGCGUGAAUUUCAUUUUGUAACUUGCAGAGUUUUAAAAGUAAUGAACAAUUUAAUUUUUCAUUAUUCCUAAUCAGUACAGCCGAUAUAAAUCUAUCAAUUUUCAAUUGGAUUGAAGAUACUUACGUAAAUAUCUUACAUUUAUAUAAGUUGGAUAAGUAAACCUGUAAAUUAUACGUUACAUUUCUGAAUGACUUUUUUAACAAAAAUUGUACAUAUGCAAGACAAAUAUAAUAUUUUAUACAUUAAAA